GAAUACAAGGGAGUCUAAAUCUACACUGUUCUCUGGAUCCACGAUGGGCCAGCGCUCGUCCAAACACGACAUGGCAGAUCCAGAAGUGCUGCCAAACGGCCGCUUCUCGCUGAGUGAAGAUGUGCUGCCACGGUAUGCCUUUGAGCGGCGGCCUCGCGGCACUGUCACCUUUGACAGCCACAUGCCGGCCAGUAGUGGUACAACCGACACCGAAUUACCCGAUACUGAACGGCGUGACUCCAGGAUCGACGGAAGACGGUCUUCCAUCUACAGCACUAUGGAUCCGGUGCCACAGUUGGAUUUUUACGCGCACUCCUCGAUGACAGGGCGUCAACAACGCAGCAGACCCUCUCUUGACAUUCUCCGUAAAUCCUUUGAUGACGGGGAGUCCAGCACUCAGAAGGAUGAGUCGGGCAUUGUACAGCAGGACACCAGCUUUUCAGAGGGAGAGAAACCCUUUGUACCUGUACGCUUUGGCUGGGUGACAGGAGUAAUGGUUCGCUGUAUGCUUAAUAUCUGGGGUGUCAUUCUAUUCCUUCGUCUGUCCUGGAUCACAUCUCAAGCAGGCAUCAUUCUCACCUGGCUCAUCAUCUUAAUGUCAGUCAUUGUGACGUCAGUAACAGCUCUGUCCGUCUCUGCCAUUUCCACCAAUGGGAGGGUGGUGUCGGGUGGCGCCUACUUCAUGAUAUCUCGGACACUGGGUCCCGAGAUGGGAGGGCCCAUCGGUGUGGUCUUCUCAUUCGCCAAUGCCCUGGCCUGUGCCCUCAACACUGUGGGCUUUGCAGAGGUUGUCCGUGACAUGCUCGUUGAGUAUGAUGCGCUCAUGAUAGACGAAGUCAACGACGUUCGUAUUAUAGGCGUGGUUACAAUCUGUCUGCUUCUGCUUAUCUCAAUGGCUGGGAUGGAGUGGGAAGCAAAGACCCAGUGGCUGUUCUUCAUCGUUUUGAUGGUGUCCUUCGCCAACUACUUUGUUGGCACAGUUAUUCCAGUGCCUGAGAAGGAGGCCAUGGGCUUCUUUAGCUAUCACAGUGAGAUCUUCAUGUCCAACCUGCUCCCAGACUGGAGAGGACCAGAUGGAAGUUUCUUCCAGAUGUUUGCCAUCUUCUUCCCAUCAGCCAUUGGCAUCCUGUCUGGGGUCAACAUCUGUGGAGACCUCAAGGAUCCAAGCAGUGCUAUCCCUAAAGGUACAUUGGCGGCCAUAUUUGGGACUACAAUCAGCUAUCUAGCCAUAUCUGCAACAGCUGCAUCGUGUGUGGUUCGGGAUGCCUCUGGAAACCCUAACGAUAGUUUGUCAGCAAACUUUUCCGAGCCGUGCAAUGGACUCGGUUGCAAACUGGGCUGGAACUUUACUGAGUGUGAGGAGACCAAGUCCUGUGCAUUUGGCCUUGCCAACAGCUUUAAGAUCCUUAGCUUGGCGUCAGGAUUCGGUGGCCUUAUUACAGCAGGUGUCUUUGCAGCCAGCUUAUCAUCUGCCCUCGCCUUCCUUGUUUCCGCUCCUAAAGUUUUCCAGUGUUUGUGCCGAGACAAUAUCUACCCUUACAUUGGGUUCUUUGCAAAGGGUUAUGGGAAAAACGACGAGCCACUUCGAGCUUACUUACUAACUUUUUUCAUUGCUGUUGCCUUCAUACUCAUUGCCGAGUUGAACAUCAUCGCAGCCCUGAUCUCCAAUUUCUUCCUGUGCUCCUAUGCUCUAAUCAACUUUAGCUGCUUCCAUGCCUCCAUCACCAACUCCCCAGGCUGGAGGCCGUCGUUUCGGUACUACAGCAAGUGGGCGUCUCUUUUUGGAGCUGUGGUUUCAGUGGUGCUUAUGUUUCUUUUGACCUGGUGGGCAGCUCUCAUCACCUUCUGUGUCAUCAUGUUUCUCCUGGGAUAUGUCACCUACAACAAACCAAAGAUCAACUGGGGCUCCUCUGUCCAGGCUGGUACGUACAACAUGGCCUUGUCGUACUCUGUUUCUCUCGCAGGGGUCGAGGAUCAUGUCAAAAAUUUUAGGCCUCAAUGCCUGGUAUUAACAGGUCCUCCAAAUGUGCGUCCAGCCUUGGUGGACUUUGUUGGCUCCUUCACUAAGAACAUCAGUCUAAUGAUUUGUGGAGACAUCCUCAUGCUUUCUCAGGAAGAAAGUGGCUUGCCCCUUACCCAGCGUGGGGCAGACAUCUUGGUGAAGUGGUUGAACCGCAGGAAGGUUCGUUCCUUCUACACCCCCUUCACCGGAGAUUGUCUUAGAGAAGGAGCCAAACACCUCCUCCAGGCCUCUGGUCUGGGCAAACUCAAGCCAAACACUCUUAUCAUGGGCUUCAAGAACAACUGGAAAGAGUGCACACCACACAGCAUGGAGGACUAUGUCAACACUAUAUAUGACACAUUUGACUCUAACUACGGGGUGUGCCUGCUGAGGAUGAUGGAUGGACUAGACCUCUCUGAGGGAAUACAAUGUCAAGUAAACCAAGGCUUUGUGGCAGAUGAAGUGACGGAAUCAGGGGAGCGAGACGAAACAAACAGUAGUGACAAAGAGUCAGUAGACCUGCCUUCUGGUGCUGUUCUGAAUGACCAAAUCAAGACAGUGUUCCAGAGCAAACAGGGGAAGAAAACCAUAGAUGUGUACUGGAUAUCUGAUGACGGAGGUCUCACUCUACUGGUCCCUUAUCUGUUGUCUAGAAGAAAGCGCUGGAGACAGAGUAAAGUACGGGUCUUCAUUGUGGGAGAAGAACAUACUAUAGAGGAAGACCGCAAAGAGAUGAUCUUACUGCUGCAGAAGUUCCGUCUGGAUAUCCAUGACGUCAUUAUUAUGACAGACAGUGAGAAACCACCUCAGGCCAAAAACCUCAAACGAUUUGAGGACACCGUUGCCCUCUUCCGGUUGAGAGAUGAACAGCAGGCUGAAUCCGUUGUUCAGCAGCUGAGGAAGGAUUACCCCUGGAAGAUAUCCGACAAGGAAUUGGAGGCCCUUAGACAGAAGUCCGAGCGGAAAGUGAGACUAAAUGAGAUUAUUCGCAGGAACUCACAACAAGCUGCCCUGGUCUUAGUGAGCCUGCCUGUGCCUCAGUUGGACUGCCCCAGUGCUCUCUACAUGGCCUGGCUGGAUACUCUGACCUGUGGCCUCCCCUGCCCCACUGCCCUCAUAAGAGGCAACCAGCAGAAUGUUCUCACCUUCUACUGCCAGUAGGCGACCAGCCUCUGAGUCAGUCUUCCACAUACCUCUCCUCAGGGGCCCCAGAAGUACGAUGCAUUUAAAGUAUUCAACACAUCCCAGUUGUAUCAUCACCAUGGUACUUCAUUCGGGUGUUUUCUAGUUUAGGGCUAGAACCAAAUGGUAAAACAACAGGGUGCCAUGGAGGAGAGGUUUGUGAGACACUGUGGACAGAGGUGUUUGUGUAUCUGCUCACACUACUGAAUAAACAUAAAUGUUAAAUAUUAAUGGCACUCUGUGGCACAUUGUCAACAAGUUCCAUCUCACUGACUUACAAAGACAAUUCAUGCUAGAGGUUUUGUGAAUGUGAUUGUGGAAGACACAUUGAUGAUAAGGCUUGUUGACAAGGUUCCAUUGUUUAAAUCUUAGUAAUAGUAUAAAAAAUGUAUUCUUUGUUUUUGCAGACAACGUGGAGCUUUCAAUGUGUUAAUAUUGUACCAAACAGUUGUCUUCCCUACUCUUCCCUUUCAGAAUAUUUAAUGUAAUUAAAUAUUAUGUAUACUUUACAUGUUGCUAUAAGCUAUUAUAAUGACUAGGUCUAUGAAGAAUACUUGUAGACACAAAGACUUAGGAGGGAACGAUGCAUAAAUUAUUGAGAUAUCCCAGAGGUGAAUGGUACAUUUUACUGUAAUAAAUGCUUUAGCCUUAAUUCAGGAAUGUUUUAUUGUUGGCAUGUUUUGAAAAGUUACAGAAUAUUGACUACUUAUUACACUACUGAUUACAGUACAUUUGGCACCCUAAAAUGCGGCAACUAUGUAGAAAACUCAAAUUGCUGUAAGCCCAUGGUAAUUGUAUAAGAUAUAUAUCAGUGGUUCCCAACCAGGGGUACUAGGACCCCUGGGGGUACUUGGCCUUUCCACAGGGGGUACUUGAAAACACU